UAAUUUUUUUUGAAUUUGAUUUAUUGUCGAACUUGAUUAUUUUUUCACUUUUUAACUCAAAAGCUUUUCAUUAAAGAUCAAUUAUGUUUUCAAAAUCACUGAUCAAUUUAAGUAGACAAGGAUUAGGUUCUACAAAAAUUCUGCAAAGUAUUUUGUGUAAACGUAGUUUGUAUGAACGUGCAGCAAUAGGAUUGGAUAAAUAUGAGUUCUUCCGAGAAAAAAUUGGAAAUCAGUUUUCUGAAUCAGAUAAAAUGUUAUUUCGAGAGCGAAUGAAUUCUUUUGCAGAUCCUGAGUCUAAUAGUUUAAUUUUUACUGAAGAUUUAAAACAAAUUGUACACAUGGUAGGUGAUAAUGAAACAGAUUUAACACUCGUUGAAAAAAUGAUGAAGAAGUAUAAUAAACAAAACCAAGGAUUAAGAUUUGGAAAUUUUACUUUUGGACCAGUUGUUAUGCGAAUGUAUUACCAUCUCAAUAAACCUGAUAUUGCAUUAAAAUUAUUUAAUGACCCAGAAAUGGAUGGAUUUUUCAAUCAUUUAAGUUCUUAUCAAAUACUCAUGGAUUUAUUAUUUAUAAAUGGAAAGUUUGAUCAAAUAUUAACUGUAUAUAAAUCAAUUCAAGAAAGACAAUUACAAAUAGCCAAGUUUCCUAAAGGAGUAAUGAUGUUAGUUUUUGCUGCUUGCUAUAAAUUGAAUACAACUGAAAGUUUUGAGUAUGCUUGUAAAUUAUGGAGUGACCAACAAGAAGCUGGCCAUAGUCCAAUUAGAAAAACAAUAACUUUUUUUGCUGCUAAUGCAAUCAAUCAAAAUAGUCCUCAUAUUGCUCUUGAAGUAAUAACAUCAGUGCGAAAUCAAUCAUAUGUGACACUCCGUAACAUAAAAGUGUUAGCAUUGUGUGAUUUAGGCCGAAUUGUUGAUGCUUUGCCUCUUCUUAGAAGCGUAUUGUCAGUAGAUCAACCUAUGUCUGGCGGUCCUAUUGUAAAACAGACUUAUUGUAGAGAUGUGAUAAAUUUAGUGAAAUCGGCUGCUGAAAAACAUAACGAUAAAGAAAUAUCAUUGGAGCUGGAUAGAAUACUUAAUCAACUAGAAGAGUUAAAUAUGAUUAGUGAGACUACGCUUGAUUCACUUCUAUGUUCAGAAAUUAAAAUGGUUGAUAGAUCAGAUACAAAUAACAGAGAAUCAAUAGUAGGUGCAAGCUAUCAAUCAGGACGACCAUUUAAAAAACGAGAAUUUAGACGUCCGGGUAUUAGUGAUUUGUUGUAACUUGUACUAUGUUUAUGUAAAUCAUAAACUGUUUUUGUAGAAUAAUAAUGUACUGUUUAAGUAAUAAUUAAAAAUGAAAUAAAGUUUAGUAA